CCGAGCACUUUGUGCCGACAUGUGUCAAAUAUUCAAGCCGUCUAGGUCGUACAUGGUGUUUUGUUAUGUUUACGCUGUUGUGAAUAAGGGCCAUCUGGCACACAUGAUACAAAUGUAUACCAGUCUUUUUUUAACAGCUUUUAAUAAGUUUUGCAACAUUGUAACGUAAUGAACUAAAAUGGAUUAUGUUGAUAUCAACAGUCGUUUAAAUGUUUACUGUUUUUGUAAACAUUUUUGAGAAAACACGAAAUGCCACCAUUUAAACGUGAUACUCAUAGUUUCUAUAAAUGAUGUAAUUAUUUCAUUUCUUUAUACUUAAACAGUUCAAAUGUCAAGUCCUAAGCUUCGUAUGAUUACAGUAUUUGUCAUCAAUAUAAAGUUAAACUUAUUAUGCUGAUGUGCAAUGAUUGGCAUCAUUGCGUUUUCUAACUAAUUUGCAUGGUUAUAUAUUUUAUUUAAGCGUGUGGAAUAUUUUACAGAUUGUAGGGAAUUGUAAUUGCAAACUUUUCAUUUUAAUCUUGAGGCAAAGCAUGAAUUUUCCUUGUGUAUUCAUUCAUGUAUAUUUGUGAUUUAUUUACACAGACAUUCGCCAACUCUGUUUUCAAAGGUGCCAAAUUUUCUUGUGAUCGUUUUCGCCAUGCAUUGUUGAGAGACUUGCGGAAGAUGGAUGUUCAACAGCUGUAUCUUCAUCUAGGCUCAAAUGACAUUCUUACGAAUGAAGCGGUGUUUUACCGAGAUGUAGCUGACUUGUGCGAUUUGGUGCAUCAGGAGGCGCACAAUCGGUGUCCAGAAUGCAGGGUUGUUUGCUCCAACGAAGACGCUUUGCUGAGCCACUUCUGCAGUCGCCACAUCAAGCAACCAGAGACUGGAAAAGAGAGUAAAAUUAAGCUGAUAGGCUCACCAAUGAUUGCAUCUGCUAAUCAUGAACUCAACGAAGUCAGCUCAAGGAAGUGGAAGGCAUGCUUGGAAAAUAGAAUUUUCCAUUAUGAAGGCAAAUUUUAGUAUAUUUCAAAUUUG